GACGAUGGCCAAGAUCAACACCCGAUUCUCUCACCCGUCCCUGGUUCACCCCGCGGUAAGGACCUCGGACAGAGAUCUCGAGCGUGUUGAAAAUGGCAUCAGCAGGACCCACUCGCCAUGUGAGGACAUAUUAUCAGAACCUCAGCCAGGGAUCACCAUGGAGACCAGAGGACAGGCUGAAUCCAGGCGAAGCUCCUUCACCAGCCAGGGGCCCGCCAGGUUGUCGCGCCUCAUCAUCUCGCUGCGCGCCUGGGCCGCCAGGCACCUACAGCACGAAGACCUGAGACCUGGCUCUUUUCUGGAGCAUUUCCAAGGAGCUGAGCUCAAGGAGGUGUCCAGCCAAGAAAGCAACGCCCAGUCAAAUGUGGGCAGCCAGGAGCCACCAGACAGAGGAGGCAGCAGCUGGGCUCUGGCCAGAAACACUGCCAACACCCACAUCAGCUCAGAGGAUGACAAUGUGAGAAAGGAGGAGAAAGAGAAAGAAGAGAGAGAAGAAAGCUGCCUGAAACAAGAGGAUGUUUCCAGGAAGGACACCAUCGUGGUGGACCCCUCCAGCAACGUGUACUACCACUGGCUGAUUGUCAUUUCCCUGCCAAUCUUCUACAACUGGUGUCUGCUCGUGGGCAGGGCCUGCUUUGACGAGCUGCAGUCGGAGCACCUGACACUGUGGCUGGUCCUGGACUAUUCAGCAGACGUCCUCUAUAGCUUGGACGUGCUGGUGCGAGCUCGGACAGGCUUUCUCGAGCAAGGCUUGAUGGUCAGGGAUACCCAGAGGCUCUGGAAGCAUUACAGAGAGACCUUACACUUCAAGCUGGAUGUGCUGUCCCUGGUCCCCACAGACCUGGCUUAUUUUAAGCUGGGCAUGAACUACCCAGAACUGAGGUUCAACCGCCUACUGAAGUUUGCCCGGCUCUUCGAGUUCUUUGACCGCACGGAAACGAGGACCAACUACCCCAAUGCAUUCAGGAUCGGGAACUUGGUCUUGUAUAUUGUCAUUAUCAUCCACUGGAAUGCCUGCAUCUACUUUGCUAUUUCCAAGUUCAUUGGUUUCGGGACAGAUUCCUGGGUCUACCCAAACAUCUCCAACCCAGAGUAUGGGCGCCUCUCCAGGAAGUACAUUUACAGCCUCUAUUGGUCCACCUUGACCCUGACCACCAUCGGCGAGACCCCGCCCCCUGUGAAGGACGAGGAGUAUCUCUUUGUGGUCAUAGACUUCCUGGUGGGCGUCCUGAUUUUUGCCACCAUUGUGGGCAACGUGGGCUCCAUGAUUUCGAACAUGAACGCUUCACGGACCGAGUUCCAGGCCAAGAUCGACUCCAUCAAGCAGUACAUGCAGUUCCGCAAGGUGACCAAGGACUUGGAGACACGGGUUAUCCGGUGGUUCGACUACCUGUGGGCCAACAAGAAGACGGUGAAUGAGAAGGAGGUGCUCAAGAAUCUCCCAGACAAGCUGAAGGUAGAGAUCGCCAUCAACGUGCACCUGGACACUCUGAAGAAGGUCCGCAUCUUCCAGGACUGCGAGGCGGGGCUGCUGGUGGAGCUGGUGCUGAAGCUGCGGCCCGCCGUCUUCAGCCCUGGGGAUUACAUCUGCAAGAAAGGGGACAUCGGACGGGAAAUGUACAUCAUCAAGGAGGGCAAGCUGGCUGUGGUGGCUGAUGACGGGGUCACCCAGUUCGUGGUCCUUGGCGAUGGGAGUUACUUUGGGGAGAUCAGCAUCUUAAACAUCAAAGGGAGCAAGUCGGGGAACCGCAGGACAGCCAACAUCAGGAGCAUUGGUUACUCUGACCUGUUCUGCCUUUCCAAGGACGAUCUGAUGGAGGCGCUCAUGGAAUACCCUGAUGCCAAGAAGGCCCUGGAGGAAAAGGGACGGCAGAUCCUGCUGAAGGACAACCUGAUUGAUGAGGACCUGGCCAAGGCCGGGGCAGACCCUAAGGACAUUGAGGAGAAGGUGGAGCAUCUGGAGUCCUCCCUGGACACCUUGCAGACCAGGUUCGCCCAGCUGCUGGCCGAGUACAACACCACCCAGAUGAAAAUGAAGCAGCGCCUCAGCCAGCUGGAGAGCCAGGUGAAGAUCUCUGGGAGGGGCUUCCUGUCUGAUGGGGACAUUCCAGAAACAGAGGCCAAACAACAGUGAAAGUGCAAGUGCCCGUCUCCCAGAGCCCACUGUUGGUGUGAUGCUACGUGGCCACAGCUGCCUGACAUGGGACUCGGCCAGGCGUGGAGUCCAGCUCUCCUUACCCUUAGCAAACUGUGUGACCUCAAAAAAGAGUCUCCAUUUCCUCAUCUAGAAAAUGGGAUCCGUUAUGUCUGCCCCAGUUAGGUGGCAGGUUAUUAGGAGGUCCCCGUGAAGCCCUGCAUGAGGCAGGCCUUCGGGGCGAGGUGUCCCCAGUCCAAGCGCAUGAAUGUGUGGGCACAGAACUCUUAUUUUUCAUCCAAAGGACUUUUUAGACUUCUAAAGUUCAUUUUCUUGUAAACAGAAGAUUAUUUCUCCCUCCCCCUCCUGCACCUCACUGCACAACCUUCUGAUAAGGGAGAUGCAACAAGCUGAAAGUACAGUGUAGUAACUCAAAUUCAACCUUAUGCCAGAUGCUUUGGGGCACAAUUCCAAAUCUGCUCCCUCCUCAUGUGCUCUCUGGGCCCCAAGAAAGCCUGGCCUUGGGUUGUGCUGUGAUAAACACAAGGGAUGAAGCAAGGUCGCCCUGUCUGAGGCCAAAUCUGUAAAGCCAGUGCAGACUCCUGCCAUCCAGCCCCUGUGAAACUGGAAACUGUGUCAUAGAAAGGAGCAUCUCAGUGAGAGAAAGAGACGUUUCCUAAGCUGUCCGAGCCAUUCCAGGCUUCUCUCCUGGCCCUUGAGUUGGGGCUCUGGGCAGCCUGUUCGGGCUCUCAGAGGAGACCGCUGUCAGGGAAGAACCUUCAGGCUGGCGGUUGGAAUGGGAUCCUGAGCCAAACAAAGCAGACAACUAGGACUUUUAGAAGAUGAGACCCUUGGCCAUAUCUGUGCAAAUUGCCCCUUCCCCC